UCCCGAAAAAUUUCAACAAACAAAUAUGCUUUACUUCGCCAGACGAAUCCAAAGUUUUCCCACUCACAGUCACUUAUGGUGCCCGCUAGCUUUACCUGAGACUCUCUCUCUCUCUCUCUCUCUCUCUCUCUCUCUCUUCAGGUUUUCCUAGCGCAUUUCACGUCCUCCAGGCCAAAUGCUUCCAAGUUUCCGUUUCCUUUUCCUCUUCUUGGCCACGGUAUGCACCCUCGGCUCCACGGUUGUGGCUAUAGGUGUGAACUGGGGAACGACGACCUCGCAUCCUCUCCCGCCACCAAAGGUUGUGGAGCUCUUGAAAUCCAACAACAUCUCCAAAGUGAAGCUCUUCGAUGCUGACCCACUUGUUCUUCAAGCUCUCUCCGGCUCCAACAUUGGUGUCACUGUGGGCAUUCCCAAUGCCAUGCUUAAAAGUUUCAACUCUUCCAAGAAAGCUGCGGAGAGCUGGGUCCAUGAUAAUGUCACCCGCUACUUCUCCAGCGGUAGCAGUGGAGUUCGAAUUGAGUAUGUUGCCAUUGGAGAUGAGCCAUUUCACCUAAGUUACAGUGAGCAGUUCCAUCCCUUUGUCAUUGGGGCAGCCAUCAACGUCCAAACAGCUUUAACAAGAGCAAAUUUGGCAAGCGAGGUGAAGGUUGUGGUUCCAUGCAGUUAUGACACCAUCCAGUCAGAGUCUGGCCUGCCCUCCAAAGGACACUUCAGGCCCGAUCUUAAUAAAACCAUGAUUGAACUCCUCACAUUUCUCAGAAAGCAUCACUCACCUUUCUUUUUUACCAUCUCCCCAUUUAUUACCUUCAAUAAAAACAAAAACAUUUCCCUUGAUUUCUCUCUCUUCAAAGAAGCUGCACACCCUCAUAAUGAUAGCCACAGAACCUAUAAAAACAGCUUUGACCUAAGCUAUGAUACCCUGGUUACUGCAUUAUCAGUUGUUGGAUUUCCUGAAAUGAAUAUUGUUGUUUCAAAGAUUGGGUGGCCUACAGAUGGAGCAGCCAAUGCUACUUCAUCCAUUGCAGAGACCUUCAUGAAAGGCUUGAUGGACCAUCUUCAUAGCAAAUCAGGAACCCCACUCAGGCCUCGGAAUCCACCAAUGGAGACAUACAUAUUUAGUCUUUUAGAUGAGGAUCAAAGGAGCAUAGCCACAGGAAAUUUUGAGAGACAUUGGGGAUUGUUUACUUUCGAUGGUCAGGCCAAAUAUCGUAUUGAUUUUGGCCAAGGUUUGAAGAAACCAGAGAAUGCGAAGAAUGUAGUAUAUCUUUCUUCAAAGUGGUGUGUUGUAAACAAUAAUAAAGACUUGUCUAAUGCAAGUACCAAUGCCAUGGAUGCAUGUUCAGUUGCUGAUUGCACUGCACUGUCACCUGGUGGAUCCUGUUUCAAUAUCAGCUGGCCUGGGAAUAUAUCAUAUGCAUUUAAUAGCUAUUAUCAGCAGCAUGAUCAAAGAGCAGAUAGCUGUGAUUUCGGUGGGUUGGGUUUGAUCACAACUGUUGAUCCAUCAGUGGGAAACUGUAGAUUUUCUAUUGAACUUCGUACCUCACAUACAGACUCCUUAUCUGGUUCACAUCUUGUCCAAUGGAUGAUCUUGUUAAUGUUAUAUUCAUAUUUCUUCUUAUUAAACUUAUAUUGAAAUUUUACGCAAUGGAUAGAUAUCUGAGGCAUUUUGCAUCUUCUUGAUUUGCCUCGGGCCUGUUGUAGUUCCUGGUGUUUUUUAACGUUCACAUUUGUACCAAAAGCAUCUUUGUGCUGUUUUAUUGGACAAAAGUAGGAAAAGGAAAAUGACACUGCGGCUCUAUUUUUAUCUUCCAUUACAAAAUUUUGCAGUUAUUUGAAA